AUGUUGUUGUUGUCAACUCUUGUUGCAGUGUUAGUAAACUGCUGUUAUGUGUCGUCGUCGCCACAUCGUAAUUUGACAUGGAACGAUAUAAAUUUUGUUCAUACCACCGAUACCCACGGCUGGUACUCUGGGCAUCUCAAUCAGCCUCUUUAUCGUGGCAACUGGGGAGAUUUCAUUUCGUUCACUACACACUUGCGGCGAAUUGCCCAUACUCAGAACCAAGAUCUUUUGAUUAUAGACAGUGGCGAUCGUCACGACGGUAAUGGCUUAUCGGAUAUCACCACUCCCAAUGGCCUAAAAUCAACUCCUAUUUUUAUCAAACAAGAUUAUGAUUUGCUAACUAUAGGAAACCACGAGUUGUACCUUUGGGAGAAUUCAAAGCAGGAAUACGAAACCGUGGUUAAUCAUUUUCGCGAUAAAUAUGUUUGCUCAAAUGUCGAAAUCAGGCUAAACGACGGCCAGUUUGUUCCCAUGGGGCAGAAGUACAAGUAUUUUACAACACCAAUUAGAGGGAUUAGAGUCUUGGCUUUUGGUUUUUUGUUUGACUUUAAGAGGUUUAAUAAUGGCACUAGAGUGACGCCUAUGGCACAAACCAUCCACCAGCCGUGGUUUCAAGAGGCAUUGAAGCAUAAAGUAGAUUUGAUUAUAAUUGUGGGGCACACACCCAUUUCUCAUAACUGGGGAGAGUUUUACCAGGUUCACCAAUACUUGCGUCAGUUUUUCCCGAACACAGUGAUUCAGUAUUUUGGCGGUCACAGUCAUGUUCGUGACUUUACUGUGUUUGACAAUUUAUCUACUGGGUUGCAGAGCGGCAGGUACUGUGAGACCGUUGGUUGGACAAGUAUCAGUUUAGAUAAAGAACUCUCUGUUAGACAAAGAUUCUCGAGAUCUUAUAUUGAUUUCAAUACCGAUUCAUUCAAAUACCACACCAAUUUAGAUAAAGAGUUUGAUACUGAAAAGGGGAAACUGGUUUCCAAGUUGAUUCGAGAAACACGCAAAGAACUCAAGUUAGAUACUUUGAUAGGCUACGUCAAAACAAAUUAUUAUGUCGAUUACGUGCCCAUUGACCACCCCAAGAGCAUUUUCAAUUUAUUAACCCUGAAAAUCCUCAAAACAUUACCGAAAUCCAAACACGAAGAGCGUAUUACAAUUAUCAACACUGGUUCAAUUAGGUACGAUUUGUACAAGGGGCCCUACACCAUCGACUCCAAAUUCGUUGUCUCGCCAUUUGAAAACAUAUGGGUCAAUAUCACGGUGCCAAAAUCAGUUGCCACCAAAGUAGCAGCUAAACUAAAUGAUGCAGACUAUAUCAGUGCUUCUCGAUUAAAACCACCUCAUCAAUAUGACUUGCAAGUGCAAGGCAACUCUAACCACCAGCAAGCUCAUUUUCAAGUCGAGGAAAAGCUCCCUAAAGGUUAUGUCACUCAUGAUGAUUUUGGAACUGAUGGCGACGAUACGUUACAUCGUGGUGUGGUUAAUUUCCCCGUGCCCAAUGUUGUCCAGAGUGUAGAGAUCAACGAUGAAGUAGAUUCGCAAGUCAACCUCGUGUUCUACAGUUUUAUAACACCCAAUAUCAUCUGGGCAUUAAGAGAGUUGAAUUUCACGACUGAACAAGUACCUACACCAUACUCCGACAUUUAUUUAGGUACAUUACUAAACGAAUUCAUUGCCAACAAUAAGAUCUAA